AUGGGAUACGACAGCGUGUCUCCGCCACCACGCCGGUCCAGACAAGGUGACGGCGACCCUGACGAAGAGCCUAGAGGCAGUCGAAAGUCGCGCGGGGAUGGACACGGCAGCGACCGAAGGAGAGACAGAGACGGGUCAGCGGAUAGGGUUAGGGAGAGAAGACGCCACAGACGAUCACGAUCUCGGUCACCGCAUUCAGGGAGGCGAGAACGCGAACGCGAACGCGAACGGGAACGGGACGGACGUCGUGACAGGGCCUGGGACAGAGACCACGACCGCGAGAAAAGGAGGCGCGCAUCGCCCGACGACGAUAGGAGGGAGCGUAGGGAUCGAGACCGUCCGCGGAAAAGGGACCGCACUAUCGAAGAGGGAGGCAGUGAACAGGACGAUCGGCAGGUCGUAAAGCGCAAUGGGCCUCUGCCUCCCCAGGCGCAAUCGUUCGCCCUGGAAAAGGGUGAAGAGGUGCCCAAGGAGAAAGAGAAGCCCAACUGGGGGACCACAGGCACGCUGGCCGCAGCCUCAAAUUCCAUCGCCCAAGCAGACGGCUCGACCAUCGUGCUGAAAUACCACGAGCCCCCCGAGGCCAGGAAGCCCUCACCGAAGGACCAGUGGAAGCUGUUCGUUUUCAAGGGCCCUGACAUCAUCGACACCAUCGAGCUGAAUCACCGCACUUGCUGGCUCAUCGGCAGAGAGAUGGCUGUCAUUGACAUUGCCGCCGAACAUCCCAGCAUCAGCAAGCAGCAUGCCGUCAUCCAGUUCCGCUACCUGGAGAAGAGGAACGAGUACGGCGACAAAAUCGGCAAGGUGAAGCCGUACGUGAUUGAUCUCGAUAGCGCGAAUGGCACCUUGCUCAAUUCAAAGAAGAUCGCUGACAGUCGGUAUCUCGAGCUUCAGGACAAAGAUCUCCUGCAGUUCGGUCAGAGCACCCGCGAAUAUGUGCUAAUGCUUGCACCAAAGAACUAA